ACCGGGCCGAGCCUCCCCGCCUCCCCGCCUCCGUCCUCCCCGCCGCGGCCCCGGCUCGGCGGGGCUGGGAGCCGCCGGGCUGCCGCUCGCCUUCCUCCGCCCCUUCCGCCCCCCCCCGAGCCCGGAGGCCCCCGGCGGCACCGCAUGGAGUACCCGGCGGCGGGCUGAGCCCCUGCCCGGCCUCGGCCCCCUGCCCGGCCUCGACCCCUCCCUCGGGGCCUCCGCGGGGAGGUCUCAUGGUACCGAGUGACGUGUCCCUCCCGUGAGAUUCGCGCCCCCGACCCCCCUGAGAAGAUGUCAGGGAUGCAGGCCGUGUGGCCGUCCGGUACGGAGUGCAUCGCCAAGUACAACUUCCACGGCACCGCCGAGCAGGACCUGCCCUUCAGCAAGGGCGACGUCCUCACCAUCGUCGCGGUCACCAAGGAUCCCAACUGGUACAAGGCGAAGAACAAGGUGGGUCAGGAGGGCAUCAUCCCCGCCAACUACGUGCAGAAGCGGGAGGGAGUGAAGGCCGGCAUCAAGCUCAGCCUCAUGCCGUGGUUUCACGGGAAGAUCACGCGGGAGCAGGCGGAGCGGCUGCUGUACCCCCCCGAGACGGGGCUGUUCCUGGUGCGGGAGAGCACCAACUACCCCGGGGACUACACGCUGUGCGUCAGCUGCGAGGGCAAGGUGGAGCACUACCGCAUCAUCUACUCCUCCAGCAAGCUCAGCAUCGACGAGGAGGUCUACUUCGAGAACCUCAUGCAGCUGGUGGAGCAUUACACCACGGACGCCGACGGGCUCUGCACGCGCCUCAUCAAGCCGAAGGUGAUGGAGGGCACGGUGGCGGCGCAGGACGAGUUCUCCCGCAGCGGCUGGGCCCUCAACAUGAAGGACCUCAAGCUGCUGCAGAUCAUCGGCAAAGGGGAGUUUGGAGACGUGAUGCUGGGCGAUUACCGGGGGAACAAAGUGGCCGUCAAGUGCAUUAAAAACGACGCCACGGCGCAGGCGUUCCUGGCGGAGGCAUCUGUGAUGACGCAGCUCCGCCACAGCAACCUGGUGCAGCUGCUGGGGGUGAUCGUGGAGGAGAAGAGCGGCCUCUACAUCGUCACCGAGUACAUGGCCAAGGGCAGCCUAGUAGAUUACCUGCGGUCGCGUGGGAGGUCGGUGCUGGGCGCUGAGUGCCUGCUCAAGUUCUCCUUAGACGUCUGCGAAGCCAUGGAGUACCUGGAGGCCAACAACUUCGUGCACCGGGACCUGGCGGCGAGGAACGUGCUGGUCUCGGAGGACAACAUCGCCAAGGUCAGCGACUUCGGGCUCACCAAGGAGGCGUCGUCCACGCAGGACACGGGGAAGCUGCCGGUGAAGUGGACGGCGCCGGAAGCGCUUAGAGAAAAGAAAUUCUCCACCAAGUCAGACGUGUGGAGCUUCGGGAUCCUCCUCUGGGAAAUCUACUCCUUCGGGCGAGUGCCUUAUCCGCGAAUCCCCCUGAAGGACGUGGUGCCCCGCGUGGAGAAGGGCUACAAGAUGGACGCCCCCGACGGCUGCCCCGCCAUCGUCUACGAGGUGAUGAAGAAGUGCUGGACCCUGGACCCCGGCCACCGGCCGUCCUUCCACCAGCUCCGUGAACAGCUAGUGCAUAUCAAAGAGAAGGAGCUCUACCUGUGAGGGGGGGCUCUGGGGGCGGCCCCCACCCCCCCAGCAGCGCCAGGGGGCGAGCCCCCGCCGGCCGGGCGGCCCCGGCUCCCCCAGCCCACCCCGGGGGGCUUCGGGGGCACCCACGUGGCGGCAGGAGCGGCCGGGAGGGGGGCCCAGGGGUGCCUGGUGAGCCCCCCCCUUUUUUUCCUCCUCACACCAGCCUCCUGGUCGCUUCCAAACUUCCAAAUCUGAUUUUUUUUUUCCCCGUCAGGUUCAUUUUUGGUCUCCCAGGCUCUUUAUUUUUUGGAUUUUGGGGUGGUUUUUAUUUUUUUUGUUUUGUUUGUUUGUUCUCAGUUUUGGGGGCUUGUUUUAUUAUUUUUUUUUGGUUGUCUGUUUUGUUUUUUAUUAUUUCAAGCAGGGCGCCCAGCUGAGCGCUGGGUGUUUUACUAAAGUACGAAUCUUAUUUUUUAAUGUAAUUAAAAGAAGAAAAAAAAAAGAGAGAGGAGAAGGUUAAUAAAGAAUAAUAAUAAUAAAAUAAAUAAGCCAAUGAAACGGACACGCGAAGGAAAGGAAACCCCGACGACAGAAGUGAUGGUUCACGGGGAGACGCUGGACUCGCCGCCCAGCCGGGAGAGCGCGGCGGCGUCCCCCGCCCGACGCUUUUUUGGGUUGUUUUGCUUUAAACUCGUUGCAAUGUUUGCAUGCUGUCUCCAGAGGCCUUUUUUCCAGUCCUGUCCAGUGCUUUAUUCUCAUGUAAUGCUACCGACUGUGAGAUUAAAACUGUAAUAAAAACCAUUCCAUACGGACGCGG